UCAAUAUUUUUAGUUCAGUUGCAAACGUUGUUAGUGAUACACAUAAAAUGGCUAAAAAAGCUAAAAAGAAAGAAGGAGAAGUGGCUAAAGAUAGGAAAGAAAAUAAAGUUAAAAAAGUAGAUGUGAAAGAAAGUAAUAGUGUUUUGACUCUAGCAACCUUCGUGUCACUAGUAGCAUUUGCAGUACUAUGUGCGAUUGCAUAUAAUGUAUAUGCAGAUGUAGUGUAUGUCCCAGAAAUGCCUACAUUUGACUUGAAUAAAUCCUGGGGGCCCAAUACUACGCAACCUGAAGAUACAUCUAUUAGACCUUAUCGUAUUGUUUUUAGUGAUUCCAUGAAUUUAGAAAUACGAUGGCUCUUUGAGAUGUAUAGAAGACGCGAGAUGCAGGAGAGUUUUAACGACACGGCAUGGACAUAUGGAGUCCACUCAGAUGCUUUCGACAAACUAUUCGACUACUGGAUCUUUCGCUACGAUUUUGCGCAAAGAGAGAAAUUUUUGAACCAAUUCGAACAAUAUAGGACUAAGAUUCAAGGGUUGGAUAUUCAUUAUAUCCAUGUGAAGCCUAAAGUGGAAGUCAAUGUUAAGGUUCUACCUCUCCUGCUCUUGCAUGGAUGGCCUGGGUCAAUCAGAGAGUUCUACGAAGUGAUUCCAUUGUUGACCACUGAGCGACCGGGAUACAACUUUGUUUUUGAAGUCAUUGUUCCUAGCUUGCCUGGAUUUGGGUUUUCACAGGCUCCAGUCCGUCCGGGUUUGUCUCCGCAUCAAAUAGCAAUUAUAAUGAGGAACUUGAUGCAAAGACUUGGUCACAAACAGUAUUAUGUCCAAGGUGGAAACAUUGGCCACUUAAUUGGAUCCCAUAUGGCCACGAUAUUCCCUAAAGAAGUUGUUGGCUUUCACACAAACUUCCCUGUUAACUUUUCGAAGUAUGCACAAUGGGUUUGGGUGUUGGGCAGUAUUUGGCCAACGUUGGUCGCCAAUGAGUAUGUGGAUCGAAUGUAUCCUUUGGACAAGAAAGUGAACUUUUAUUUGGAAGAGAUUGGGUUCCUGCAUCUGCAAGGGACUAAGCCGGAUACGAUUGGAAUUGCUCUCCAAGAUUCACCAGCAGGUCUUGCUAGCUACAUCCUCGAUAGAAUGAUGAUCUUCACCGACCCAGCCAACAAGCUCGACCCUGACGGUGGCAUGAAGAAGUACUACACCUACGACCAACUCCUGGACAAUAUCAUGCUGUACUGGGUCUCUGGGAGUAUCACGACUUCUAUGAGGAUCUAUAAGGAGAUUUUUGAAGACAGUGCUAUGGAGAAAAUGAUUGAACUAAUUCCAACUACAGUGCCUACAUGGGGAGCUCGUUUCAAGAACGACCUGGCUUACACUCCAGACUUCCUACUAAAAUGGAAGUACCCCAACUUGUUAGGAACUUCGAAUUACAACGUAGGAGGGCAUUUAGCUGCCUUCGAGAGGCCGAAAGAGUUUAGCGAGAGCGUUUUCCAAGCAGCCAAAGCAUUUUUGGCAUUCUCAAAAUAAAAUAUUUGUUUUUUAA